CAUUUAAGCACGUUAUAGAUAAUAAAUUGGGUUAGACUAAUUCUUUAAAGAGAUUAUUACAAAGGUAUUUACAGAUCUGUUGACAUGAAUCAGCAAAAAGAAGAAUAACGGACAUUGUUCUGCUGAGGCAAAUGCAACUGCGAUAAUUCUGGAACAUAAUCAGGAAGGCGAUUACAAGACUUCUGGAAUUAAACAACCUCAAUAUAUAGGACGAUAUGCCAUAGACAGCAAACAGUGGAAUGAGUAUGCAUCGCUAAGAACUAGGAGAUAAACGUGCAUUUCUAAUAAGAAAUAUGUAGUGUGAUAGAUAAAAACGAACCUUUAUUAUCAGAGAUCGAUAUUUUGACAAAUUUAAUAUACUGGUAGAUAAAUUUUCAACAAUGGCAUUCGACAAAUCACCAAUUAAAAAGACAAAAUCUUCCGUCACAGUAAUUCAUGUGGCGGGAAUGGAAAAAGAGCAGACGGAUAUAUCCAAUGGAUCGUCUGCAGACAGUGAGACCAAAUUCCCACUGGAUUCCAAAACGUCCAAGGACUCCGCACUGACAGUUUUCGUCAAGUUACUGAUAUCUAGUAUUUGUGGACUUAUAUUUGGAUUUGCAAUGGAAAAAUCAAGAGUUUUCGAACCAGUAUCAAUAAGACAACAGAUGGUGUUUGAGUUGUUCAUCAUGCUGAAGGUAUUCUUAUCUGCAGUAGCAGCAGGCCAGUUGUGUUUUGUGAUUUUAUCUAUUAUUCCUCCAGUGAAGGAGAAGUUUGUGCAUGCUUUAGAGGAAUAUACGAGUUGUUUUUCACAGAAGACUCUCUUUACAUCAGCACUUGGAUCUUUCAUUUUAGGAAUCGGAAUGGCAUUGAGCGGAGCUUGCCCUGCUAUGGUUUUAAUACAGAUAGGUACAUGGGUACCGAAUGCAAUAUUUUCACUCAUUGGUUGUUUACUUGGAGCCUUGGUCUACGGAAUGAUCGCCCCUUUUAUAGAAAGAUUAACGAGACCAAAGAACCCAAUGGAAAAACACAGUGUUCCAGCGACGUUUAAAAUACCAUUCUUCGCACUGGCAUUGCCAAUGAGUAUUUUAUUAGGAAUAGUAGUUUUUAUAAUGGAAUGGUUCUGGCCAUGGACCAAAGACACAGACUUAAUUCAUAGAAGUAAUCCAGCAUCAGCUAAUGUUUUAACAGCAGUAUCAUGGCCGCCAUAUGCUGCCGGUAUAAUCCUAGGAAUUAUACAGUUACCGUUAGUUUUAUUUGUACAAGACACAGUAGGUGGCAGCAGUGCCUACGUCACAGUGAUGUCACAAUGGGUUGUUACAGACAAAUUACAGAAAAUCUUUCCAUAUCUUGCCAGUAAAAGAUUAGGCGUUGGUAAUUGGUGGCAGGUAUUUUUAGUGUGUGGCGCAGUAAUUGGAGGGUUAAUAUCAGCGUCGGCGUCAUCAUCAUUAACAAUCGCUUAUGGUGCACCAGCACAUGUAGCCUUUUUUGGGGGAUUUUUACUAAUAUUUGGAGCAAGAUUUGCUUCAGGAUGUACAAGUGGUCACGGGAUAUCAGGCAUGGGUUUAUUAGUGUGGAUGUCGUUUGUAGCAGUUCCCUUUAUGUUUGGAGGAGGAAUAGCAACUUCUUUCGCUAUGAAAGCUACCGGUGCAUUGGAAAAUUAUGUGACGUCGACCGGUGCUAUUUGAUAAAUUAUAUCUAGAACGAAGACAAUUUCCGGUAGUGUCUAUUUCUGGUGCUUACAACUAUGCAAAAUGACAGGACAUGGGUAGUUUAAGUGAUUUUGAAAAAAAACCCAACAUUUACAGAUAAAAGAAUCGUUGACCAAGUUUUUACAGACCGUGCAUGACCUUCAUGGGUUGUCAAGGUCGUAAAAUCACCAUCAUCAUCACGUGAUUGAAUGUGCAAUGAAAUUAGUGUAACAAUGACGUUAAUAAUUUGCUAGAAUUCAUAUUACUGCUAAAGGGGAGAUUUUUUUUUCCGAGCAAUAACAUCAGAAUAAAUGACAAAUUUUCUUUUUAGAAGAAUCCUUGACUAAAAUAUAGGUGUGAACAAAAACCUAGUUGUCAAGUUAAGUUAAUGCAGGUAAUUGCCAUACAAAGUAGUCAACCACUUAUUUAGUAAGAUAAUUGUAUUAGAUUACAGAAUUGAACAAAUCAAAUGUGCCAAAUGAUACUUAUAUUGUGAUUAUAUCCAUAUUUACACAUAAUUAUUAUAUCAUUUUAAUUUAUAUAUACGUGUAUAUAUAUUUUAACAAAAUCAAAAGUUGUAUGAUUAUAACACCUCAUAGGAGUUUUAGUUAACCAGAUUUAUUUGUUAUCGGCUUUUUAAACUACAUAUUGAAGUAUUAUAGAAUUCCUAAACCUGAGGGAGCAAACAUUCAACUUCAAGGGAGGGUCAUGUUUUGUCCCCCUGAAAAAUGAUAUUUUUCCUGCGCAAAUCGCGAACAAUUUUAUUUAGUUUUUCAAAGCUAUCGAUCAGAUUUUUUUCCAAUAUCUAUCACUAUCAGAUAUGGGAAAUAUGGGGAUUUAGAAUAUUUAUUUUUGUCAUCUGCUUAAUCAGAAUAUUUUUCUCUCAUAAAAAUGGAGUUCAUGAUAUUUUUUUAGAAAAAAACCUUAACCCCCAUUGAAGUUAAACGGUUGUUCCCUAAGACGUUUAUUUUCCUAUGUAAUUCUAAUUCCUGCUCUGUUACUUCAUUUUUUUUUAUCGAACUGAAUAAUUUAAGGAAAUUCAAAUGCAUUUAAGUAUUCCCCGGUGCAGUAAGACACGCACCUGUUUCAAUGUUUAAAAACAUAGCUUAUAACUUUUUUGCACUGCAACAAACAAAUUGUGUCACAAGAGAAAGUAUAUUAUAAAAUAAGUUAUAUGACUAGCUGUUCUAUUCUGUUUUGUUUCCGUCUAUAUAUGGGGCAUUAUUCCAAGACGUUGUAUUAAUCAUCAUAUUUCAUUAUUUUUUCAUUUCAUUUUGUCCUUCAUUUUAUUUAAACUUGCCAAUUUGUGUAAUUUUUAUUCAUUGAGUUGCUCUACAUUUCUAUACAACGUCGAUUUGAAAAAAAUCCUUUAACAAUCUAGUAGACAAAUAUUUCUAUAACAAUCAAAUAGACUAACAGAAAGUUUUGAAUUUAAAGUCACUAAGAUUUUUGAAAACAAAAGUAAAGCAUAUGCCAACUUGCAAAUUGUAUCCCAAAUUAUGUAAUAUUCUUUUAGACAGAAUAAUCAAAAGAAAGGGUAUCCAUUUAUAUUGAUAUUCAUCUGUUUGGGUAAAGGGAAGUAAUCAGAGUUCCAGUUUUAAUAUAAUUACAAAUGUUUUCUUUUAUUUGAUGUGAUAUCCGUUUGUAUACAACAUAUGUUUACAUUUGUAGUGUUAAGAACUAUUCAAUAUUUCAAUUAAGGAACAAACAGUUUGACGGGUUGUGUUCAUUUACCUUGUGUGAUUCUGUUCCUGGAUCAUUUGUUUAUUUUGUUUUUCUACAUUUGUCAUUUAUGCUUUUUUCCUCAUCGUACUUUCAAUUACAAUCAAAUGGUUGCUCCCUUAUUCAAUGUGCCAUACACGCUUUAUAGCCCUUUUACCUCAGUUGCCAAUCAUUAAUUUAUUAUUUGUAGUAACCAUUUCUCAAUAAUAUCGUGCAUAUUCUUGUAUUUUUCUUGUAAUUUUUAAACCCACCAGUUUUAACAAUUAACAAAUGAUGUACAGACAGAUGGGAAAUAGGAACCAUUCGAUCAAACUUUCUAAUGGAUAACAAACUUCCCGGAUGUUAUACGAUUGUGUAGGUUAAGGUCACACGGGUCAGACGGCAAGCUAUUUUACAGCUUAACAGUUUCGGUACUGGUUUUCGCACUUGUUAAUAUAAAAUAAAUUGUUACAGUCAAAAGGCAGUUUUUUUUUCGUCUUUUUUUUAAAUUUUUUUUUAUAUCCCAGUUAAGAAACAUAUUAAGCAUAUUUGAUGAUUUAGUUUUGGGCUCUUACUGUAUUUUGUCUAUAAAAAUGAAAAAAAAAGUUUUAAUAAUCAAUUUAGUUUUUGGCAGAAGAAAACGUUAAACAUAAUGAUAAAAGUCUUACGACCAAACGCAGAACAAAAGAAAAUUACUGAGCAAUACACAGUUCUAAAUACUAGUAUAAGAAAGUAUUGUUUGUCUGAUAAGUGAAACAGGUUGUGUAAUAUAAAAAAAGAUAUGCAGAUAUUCCAUAUUUUGGAAAGUCUGACGACUCAGAGGCUGACGAUGAUAACGUUUAAAAACUGUUCUAUUGGCUAUUUAUAUGAAGUUUAUUUUAGUACUUUACCACUUUCACUCGUUUUGAUUUGAAUUGUAUUUUGAAUUAUUGUCAUUAUUAUGGCUAAAUUUCAAUUUCACAAUAACUGCGCACAUAACUGACAGAUUUGUCUUGUACAAUUUGGAAUCACCUCAACUAACAAAAGAUUUACCGCACUUAUCAACGCCUAGAAAAAAUACAUUUACAUAUCAAUUUGACGAUCAUUUCAAACUAAGUGUAGCAGUAUCAUAUGUUACAUUUAUGUGUGAACUUUACUUGCCAAUGGUAUAAGGUUUUGCAAUGCAUUCAUGAUUUAGUCAUAUCAAGUCCAGUGUGUUUUAUCAUCAACAAUUACAAACAAAUUGAGCCAUGUACAAUGAAAGUCUCUGCAUACAAGCAGUAUAGAUUGACCUUAUAGAAAUACAAAAUUUUGAAGGUGUUUUUAUACUAUUUGUAGAUUGAUACACAGGACCGUAGAAUAAUUUAUAUAAUGUUUGAAUGGACAAUGUAGAGAUUGUUUUUGUUAUCAUUGUUACAAUACGACAUUGUAUUAUAUGUUGACUUUGCUAUUAUUGUUGAUUUUCAUAUUAAAUUUCUAUAUAAAGAU